CCCUCCAGUCAGAGUUUCUCUUUUCUGAACAGAAAUGAUAUUUACAUAUAUCAGUCAGAUAUGGAAUAUUAAAGUGAUUCAUGCAUGUUUCUUAUUUUAAUAUGUAAGAUUUAAUAACAUACAGACUCAUCCAGCCUGUGCUGCUCUACAUUCAGUCUUUUUCACAUUCAGUCACAUUUUCAAACCAUAAAACAGAAAAUCUGCUGAAAACAGAUCAGGCUGGAACUUUGAGGUGAAAUGGAACCAAACUUGAUUCUUCAGCAAAGUGAUUUUUGUGACUAAAUAUUACAAACAUCAGUUGACAGACAGAAGCAGCCGAGUCCAGACAGACACAAACUCACUGGUUCCUUUAAUCUGAGCAGCAUUAGGACCCUGCAGCUGUCAGCAGCAUAAAUAUAGCAGCAGGAGCGGUGUGUGUGUGUGUGUGAGUGUGUGUGUUGUUGAUCAGAACAGUUGGGGGUCAUGAGGAGACCUGAACACAGCGGAUCAGUCGGUCUGCAGGAACGGACGGAGAACGGGUUCAUUCAGGAGGAUCCAGCUGCAGGAAGCUGUUAGCGUUGGUAAGGAGGCCCAGGAGGGUCAGCCAGGAUGCUGCAGCUGUGUAAAGUCACCAAGGUUCUGUUCAUCAGCAACGCCCGCUCAGCCUGCAGCGACGACCUCAUCCAGCAGGAGGCGGUGACGCUCUGCAUCAACGUGUCCAAGCAGCAGCCGUUCCCGACCAGCAGCGGCGUCACCAGGAUGCAGAUCCCCGUCUACGACGACCCCGGCGAGGAUCUGUACCGCCACUUUGACCGCUGCGCCGACGCCAUCCAGAAGGAGGCCAACCGCGGCGGACGCAGCGUGGUCUACUGCAAGAACGGACGCAGCCGCUCGGCCACCAUCUGCAUGGCCUACCUGAUGAAGCACCGCAGGAUGACGCUGGCGGAGGCCGUACAGAGGGUGAAAACGGCUCGGCACGUCGUGGAUCCGAACCCCGGCUUCAUGUCUCAGCUGCAGCGAUACGAGGAGGAGCUGAGGAAGAGGAGAGGAGCGUCCUGAUGAAGCUGAGGACGUUUUCCUCUCUGCUCCGAUUCACAACCAUCACAGUUUGAAUCUGAAUCUAAAAACUAAAACUUCAGGUCAGUUUAGGAGCAAACAGGAGAGAAAACCUGAAAUCAAACAAUAAUCAACCACAAAACCAAGAGAUUAGAUUUGAGAGAGCAAAUGUUGAGGAAGUAAAAACAUUAAUAAUGACUCAGAAAUACAUAAAUAGUGUUUAUAUUGCAUAAAGUGAUACAUGUGGAGUACGUCAUAACAUGCAGUGUUUCAACUUCAGAGUUUCUUCUGCAGCAAAUCUAAAAACUAAAAAAUAAAAAAUAAACCCAUAAAAAACAAGUAAUACUGAAGAAAACAUCAAAUCUGUAAAGAAUUUUAUUUAUUUUUUGAAAAAAUAUAAUUAUUGGUGUGAAAAGUGACUGAAUGAGAAAAUGAAGUUUUGACAAACAAAUCAGGCAGAUUGGAUUUUAAAGAGUUCAAUGAUUUAUUAUUUUAAUCAUUAUUUCACAUUUAAAUCACAAACUUCAUUUAUUUCUCCUCUUAAAUAAGAACCAUGAACCAAAUAUAUAUAUACUGUAUAUAUAGGUGUUUAAAUUUAUUAGAAUAUUUUUUAGAACAAAUAUAUUUUUCAAAUCUGUUUUGUUCUGUUAAGUUUUCUGGUUUCAUAUUUGGACGUUUUUCUCAAAUUUAAUCUAUUUUUUUCUGACCAAAGGAAGGAAAAAACUCAGAGAGACAAAAAGAAAAGAAACUCCAACUGAUGAAAACAUUUUGUUAAUGAUAAUUUAUAUUUAUUUUUAGAUUUGGACAGAGAAACGCUCCAUCUUUUUAAUAACUUUUUUCAUCAGAAUCAUCUGAAAUGUAUUUUCUGAGUAAGGUGGGUGGAAGUGACAUCAUCGUGUUUUGAAGUUUGAAGAGCAAACAGUGAAAUAUUCUGUGAACAGGAUAAAUAUCUAGAACCUUUAGAUCUGGAUCAGUUUGUGUGAAAAGCAGUUUUUUCAGAGGGAAGGUGAGUUAAAGUUAAACUUUAAUCGUUUCUCAACCUUUUAUAGAAAACAACAGAUUUAGUUUGAUUUGUUUUAUCAGACAAAGGAAAAUGCAAUAAUAAAUCAAAUUUCUCAAGUCUAAAUAAAAAAGCAUCUUUGUGGAAACUGACAUCAUGAACUGGUGGAAACUUGUUUUGGUUUUUCAAACAUUUAAUCAAAAGCACAAAUUUAAAACCAGGCGACUUAGAGGGAAGUUUUAGAGAUGAAUGUUUUGCAUCCUGUUCCAAUAAUAAAAUCAAUAAAAACUCAGGUCAGCAGAACUAAUGUUUAUUAAUGUUUUACUGGCUUCUCUAGAUGAAACCAUGGUAACCGUUGAAACUUGUUUAAACGUGGAUGAAGUUUAAUAACCUCAGUGAGUUUAUGAAGUUCAUAUUCGUGAUAUUUGGUGAAGUUGAAGCGUCUGUAGUCUGACGGUGAUGUUCUGUAUCUCAGGUGAAUCUUUACUCAGCUUGAAUUUAAUCAUUUUAUCAUCAUAUCUACUUCAAACUGUGUUCAGUUCUUAGAACAUUUUAGCCUACAGUAAAUGCCUUAAGUCAGGGGUGGGCACUCCUGGUCCUCGAG